CACUGUAAUAACCAUGUAAAUGACUAUUCACAAGAAAGCUCCCUUAAAAGGAGCGUUCGCUUUACUCUCCCUAUAAAAGACACUUGUUUUCUCAUUACCACAAGACUCUUUCACCGAUCUUCUCAAAAUGAAAACGGGUUUGAAACCCGACCCGAACCCGGUCGAGAGUAAUGGGAAAGAGGUUCGUUACCGAGGCGUGAGGAAACGCCCAUGGGGAAGAUUCGCGGCGGAGAUCCGAGACCCCGUUAAGAGAACUCGGGUCUGGCUCGGAACAUUCGACACGGCUGAGCACGCGGCGCGUGCCUACGACGCUGCAGCGCGAGACUUUCGCGGCGCUAAGGCCAAGACGAACUUUCCUCCGACGGUUCUUGAGCUUAACGCGAAUAAAGAAGGCGGUUUCGCUCGUAGUCCUAGUCAGAGUAGCACCGUCGACUCCGUCUCUCCCACAGGGAGAAGACUAGCAACACUUCCGCAGCUCGAGCUCAGCUUAGGAGGUGGUGGCGGUGGCGGUGGCGGUGGUGCGUGUUAUGAUCAGGUUCCCGUUGCGCGUCCUCUUUACUUCUAUAAUAACAUGAAAGCGUUUUCACCGGCUGCUACGUGUGGAGGUGAGAAGAAACCUCAGCCGUUAAAUCUGGAUCUUACCUUAGCUCCUCCGGCGGAAUAGGCCGUAUGGUCCUCCUAGUAUCUUUUUCUAUCUAAGAAAAUCGAGAUAGUAGUUAAAUAAACUGACAUGGAAAAGUCGUUAUGUAUAUAUUUUUAUCAACGUAUAACAUAAGAUAUGAACUUUUGUUAUUAUCUUUCUGUUUUUUUGCUACUGGUUUCUCAAAGUCGUACAUAUAAACGAUGUUACUACAUUUUCAAAGGUUUUAGUAUAUACUAUAAAUGAUAAGUUAAU